AUGGUGCAAUCAGCUCAGGGCCUGCUCUCGCUCCUCGACGAGCCAGAGGCCGCUCUCCAAGCCCACGCCCUCAGCAACAUCAACCAGCGCAUCGACCAGUUCUGGGCAGAAGUGGCGGACCAUGUGGUCAAGAUCGAGGCUCUCUCGGAGGACUCGAGCUUCCCAUCGCGCCAGCUGGCUUCUCUGGUCGCCUCCAAGCUCUACUACCACCUCGGCAACCUCGACGAGGCGCUCGCGUUCGCCCUCGGCGCCGGCAAGCUCUUUGACGUCGAGCAGACGGGCGAUGUCUCGCCAGGCGAGGCAGAGUAUGUCGAGACGGUCAUCUCCAAGGCGAUCGACUCGUACACGGCCGCACGAUCUGCUUCCGCACCCUCACCAGCUUUUGUCGACCCUGCGCGUGUCCCCAGAGAUGUUGACGCGCGAUUGGAGGCGGUUGUCGAGCGCAUGUUUGAGCGGUGUGAGCGGGACGGCGAGUACAAGCAGGCCCUCGGAGUCGCGCUCUCGUCCCAUCGCCUCGACGUUGUGCAGCGGGUCUUUGACAAGACGAAGGAUGCGAGCUUGCUCGAGUGGAUCCUGGACAUUGUCGUGCGGGAAAGUGUCGCAGUGGGCGGUACGAGCAGAAGCUACAAGAGCGAGAUUCUCCAACUCCUGAUCAAGCUCUUCGAAUCCCUCCCUUCUCCCGACUACUUCUCCAUCACCCAGUGCUUCGUCUUCCUCAACGACCCGUCCCUCGCCUCCUCCCUCCUCGCCAAGCUCCUCAACCUCGACUCGUCCGAACCUCCCAAAGACGACGCCGUUCUGACCGCCUAUCAAAUCGCCUUCGACCUCGCCGAGACUGCCUCACAGGAAUUCUUGCAGGUCGUCCGGACGUCGGUCGCGGGCUCGGAGCCGGAGGCGGUGGAGGCUGCGGGAGGUGCGCCUGCGGCAGAGGAGGCGAAGCCGAAAGAGGGUGCGGAGCUGCACCGCGAGAGGCUGGCGACGAUCUUGAGCGGCGAGGAGAGCAUCAAGCUCUACCUCGAGUUCCUGUACCGCAAUAACAAGGCCGACUUGCUCAUCCUCAAGGAUACUCUCAGCGCCCUCGAACCCCGAAACUCGAUCUACCACUCCGCCAUUUCCCUCAUGAACGCCUUCGCGCACGCCGGCACGACCUCCGACCUCUUCCUCCGCGAGAACCUCGACUUCCUCGGCAAGGCGUCGAACUGGUCCAAGUUUACGACGACCGCCGCGCUCGGCGUCAUCCACAAGGGCAACCUCACGCAGGGCAAGGCGAUUCUCGAGCCGUACUUGCCCCGGAGCGAUGGAGGCGGGGCGACGAAGAGCGUCUAUUCGGAGGGUGGCAGUCUGUAUGCGCUUGGACUCGUCAACGCAAACCAUGGCAAGGAGGACAUUGUCAAGUACUUGAUGGACACGCUCAAGAACUCGCAGGACGAGGUCAUCCAGCACGGAGCCGCACUCGGGCUCGGUGUUGCGGCGAUGGGCAGCGGGAACGAGGAGCUCUACGAGGAGCUUCGCAACGUCCUCUUCACCGACUCUGCGAUCGCGGGUGAGGCGGCCGGUUACUCGAUGGGCCUCGUCAUGCUCGGCACGGCGUCGGAGAAGGCGCUCGACGAGAUGCUCCAGUACGCGCACGAGACGCAGCACGAGAAGAUCAUCCGCGGUCUGGCCGUCGGUCUCGCGUUCCUCAUGUACGGCAAGGAGGAGGAAGCCGACUCGCUCAUCGACACGCUCAGCAAGGACGCCGACGCCAUCCUGCGUUACGGCGGCAUGUACGCCGUCGCGCUUGCCUACGCCGGCACAGGCAACAACAAAGCGAUUCGCAAGCUGCUGCACGUCGCCGUCUCGGAUGUCAGUGACGACGUUCGCCGCGCCGCCGUUACCGCCCUCGGCUUCAUCCUCUUCCGCAACCCCACCCAAGUCCCUCGCAUCGUCCAGCUCCUCGCCGAGUCGUACAACCCUCACGUCCGCUACGGAUCGGCCCUCGCCCUCGGCAUCUCUUGCGCCGGCACUGGUCUCGAGGAGGCGAUCGCGCUCCUCGAGCCGCUCACAAAAGACCCGGUCGACUUUGUCCGCCAGGGUGCAUGCGUCUCGCUCGCGAUGGUCCUCAUCGAGCAGAAUGAGACGAGCCACCCGAAGGUCGCUUCGACGCGCGAGCUGUACAAGAAGAUCGUCAGCGACAAGCAUGCCGACCCGAUGGCCAAGUUCGGCGCCGCCCUCUCGCAAGGUAUCAUCGACGCCGGCGGACGCAAUGUCACCAUCUCGAUGCAGAACAAGAGCGGCAGCGGCAACAUGCCGUCGAUCGUCGGCAUGGCGCUCUUCGCCCAGUUCUGGUACUGGUUCCCGCUCACCCACUGCCUCAGUCUCGCCUUCACGCCGACUGCAAUCAUUGGCGUAGACAAGGACUUGAAGAUCCCCAAGUUCGAGUUUGUCAGCAACGCCAAGCCCUCGCUUUUCGCCUACCAGCCCGCGACGAAGCCACCGACGAAGGAGACGGUCGAGAAGGUCAAGACGGCGGUCCUGUCGACCACUGCCAAGGUGACGGCGCGCGCGAAGGCGAAGGAGGCGGAGCAGGGCAAGACGGAGGCGAUGGAGACGGACGACAAGGCGGAGGAAAAGCCUGCCGAGUCGACGGACGAUGCCGAGAUGAAGAUCGACGAGGCUGCCGGCGAGGACAAGAAGAAGGACCAGACGAAGCGAAAGGCGCCCGAACCCUCGUCGUCCCGCCUGGAAAACCUCUCCCGCGUCACACCCGCCCAGCUCCAAUACGUCUCCUUCCCCUCCGACUCUCGAUACGUCCCCGUCCGACCAGUCAACAGCGGCUCGGCGCCAACACCCGCGUCGCUCAGCUCCGUCACGAGCUCACGGUCGGCGCCUCCGGUCGGCUUCGGCGGCGGCAUCCUCCUCAUGCGCGACACCAAGCCUGGCGAUGCGGCCGAAUUCCACGAGCUCGAGGUCCUCAAGGCGAUUGACACGGCUGGAGCGGGAGCGGCAGCAACGCAGGCACCGGGAGGUGAAGCGGCAGCAGGAGGCGACGACGCCGACUUGUUGACGGGACCCAUCGCUGAUCCUCCCGCACCGUUUGAAUGGACGGACUGGGGCUCGGACUAG